ACAGUCUCAUAUGACAGUGAACAGCCUCAUCCACAGCAGACGGAAAGAUGAAGCCGUUGGGUUGGUGGCUGCUGUUUGUCUGUGUCACAUGUUUCCACACAUCUCCCAUUCUGGCCAUUAAGAGGAUCAUAGUGAAUUACUCAUCUCAGAACCUGUCCUCGGUUCCCCCUGGCCUCGAACCGUCAACGGAGGACUUGGAUCUCUCGCUGAAUCGCAUCCAGGCACUGAGCGCCAAAGACUUUACCACAACACCACGACUCCACUUCCUCAAUCUGUCCUGGAAUAUACUAGAGAAAAUAGACACGGAUGCAUUUAACUCUACGCCAGCUUUGGAGAUCUUGGAUCUGUCGCACAACAGACUCCAGAACCUCUCGAACCAACCGUACCUGCUUAAAACGGGACGUCUACAGCUCUUAGACUUGUCAUCCAACUUGUUUUCCAUCAUGGCGCUUGGAAGGGAAUUUUCCACUUUGAAACACCUGCAGUGGUUGGGCUUGAGUGCCAAAUCAAUCAGCAACCAAGACUUCACUUACAUCACCAAUCUUACUCUGAAAACGCUCUUUAUUAAUGCACACAGCCUACAGAUGUAUCAGGAGAACAGUCUUACAGAGGUACACUCAGAGAAAGCCAUCAUUGUCUUGUCUAAAAGGGACUUUGACAUUGCAAUCGCGGUUGAUGUGUUUGCAGCGUUUAAAGAAGUCGAAUUCACUUUGGUGGACAGCGAGAUGAAGGUCAUCCAGCACAUGCACCGUCGAGGAAUCCUACGCACCGUUAGCUUGGAAAUCUCCAAAGUGGAAACCACCUGGCAUGUUCUAACAAGCUGUGUAAACACAAUAUUGCAGUCUACAAUCCAACAGCUUUCUUUCUCAGACCUUACAAUGACAAAAAUGGAAAACGGCAUGCCGUUGUCCACAAGCCGCAUGUUGGAUUCCUUUUCUACGACUAGAGCAUCCGUAACCGAAUUCAUCUUCAAUCAAAAAGAGCUCUAUGACUUCUUCAUAAACAUGCCUGCAAGAAACGUCAGUUUAACCCAAACGCCAAUCAUCUUCAUGACCUGUCCUUUGACUGUUAGCCAGAUCGAGGUGUUGGACUUGUCCGAUUGCGCACUUACAGAAAACGUCUUCUCGGUUGAUCCGAACACUGAAUGCACUACAUUGACAAAUCUUUUAAAGUUGGUUCUGAAGGGCAACAACUUGAAACUCCUUAGACCACUGACCUUAAGAAUCCAUCUCAUGGAUUCGCUUCAAUACAUCGAUCUCAGUCAAAACAAACUUACCUAUUCCGAGGAACAAGGCAAAUGCGUUUGGCCUCCCAAAGUUGUCCAACUAGAUUUGUCUUCGAAUGGGUUCGACCAGAGCGUCUUCAAGUGUUUGCCUGAUUCCAUACGGAUCCUAAACCUUCAGAAUAACCGCGUGACCACAGUUCCUUCAGAUCUUCAGGUUUUAGACGACCUGAGGAUCCUUGACCUUAUGGACAACCGUCUUCUAGACCUUCCCACCUGCCAAGCGUUCCCAAACCUGCAGAAGCUCUCUGUAAGAUCCAACUCAAUUCAUUCGCCUUUACCUCGAGCCCUCGAGACAUGUUUGCAUCUUAAAGAGCUGGACUUGAGUCGCAACUCCUUCAUCUGUACAUGUGCUUUGCGUGAAUUCACCACACUCAUCAAAGACCGAGUGACACGACCCAAAGGAGAAUCUCUUGGUCUGACUCUUGGCCACUGGCCAGAAGGAUACCGAUGCAGUUACCCAGAAUCCUGGAGAAACUCCUUACUGGAAGACUUCUACCUUCCUGAGAUCUCCUGCAAUGCUUGGAUCUUGUCUAUUACUAUUCUGAUUCCGACAAUCACUUUAAUAGUCGCUGUUAGCCUUCUUUGCAAUCAUCUGGAUGUGCCAUGGUACCUCAAGAUGAUCUGGAAAUGGACGCGAGCCAAGCACAACGCAAUAACUUCCCAAAGGAAAAUGGAAGACUUGGAGGGGUUGCGAUUCCAUGCAUUCGUAUCGUACAGCCAAAAGAACGCGGACUGGGUCAAAUCUCAAUUUCUUCCCAAGCUCGAAGGCGACUACGACUUGCGAGUAUGUCACCACGAGCGUGACUUCAUCCCAGGAAAGACAAUCGUCCAGAACAUCCUCCGAUGCAUCGAGCAGAGCCGAAGGUGCGUCUUUGUGCUCUCCUCUCAUUUCGUACAGAGCGAAUGGUGCCACUACGAACUCUACUUCGCCAAUCACCAGCGGGUGACACGAGGGAUGGACAGCAUCAUUCUCAUUCUGCUGGAACCUCUGCCAUUGUAUCUCAUACCCUCCAAGUACUACCAGCUCAAGGCUAUGAUGUCCAGACGCACCUAUCUGGAGUGGCCACCGGAAGGAGUCAAGCAGAAACUCUUCUGGGCAAAUCUUAGAGCAGCUCUGCAGGCCGACCUUCCCAGUCCGUCAGAAAGAGAAGAAUAGUGAUAAGAGGCAUUUUACUAAUCAUUUUUAGAGAUAGUCAAGCAGAUACUCAUUUAAAACAGUGGUUAUCAACCAGAGGGCAUCAGCAAGUCUUCACAGGGGCUUCAAGAUGACUGAAAAUUAUUUGAAAUAAUUCAAAACAAGUCCAAAAUUAAGAUAUUUAUGGACCUGGAAAAUUUAGUUUAUUCAUUUUUUACGCAAUGCCAGCUUUGUUUUCAUGUGGCUAUUUCACGGUUAUAAUAAUAAAAUUAUAUCAGGUUUUUAAAAUCUAUUAUUCCCAGAAUAUGGAGAGAUAUCACAUACUUAAUAAUGGAUUUAUUAAAUACAUCAUGGAAUGAUGCACUAAUUAAAUGAAAGUCAAAUUAAAAUGUAAUCAUAAAUAUUUUAAUUUAAGGCAGUACCUUGCAUCAUUUUUUGUUAUGUGAAAAGCUACAUUUAAUUGUAAUGCCUAUUUAUGCUUACAUUUGAGUGUACAU